UCUCCUCUCCUUCAUUCUUCAGCUUCGCAGUGUAAUCUCUAUAUCACAUUAGAGAAUAUAUUGCAAUCUCAAGAAUCACAUCCAAUCCACAAACACAAAAAUGGCACGCCAAUUCGUUGUCCUUGUCCUAAUUUUCGUUGCCGUUGUCGGGUCUGUUGUCUCCGCUGCAGACCAAGCACCCACCAAGUCCCCCACCGCCGCCCCCAAAUCAUCACCGAAAGCAGAAACACCUGCCCCUGCCAAGGCUCCCACUGCUGCCUCCAACCCUAAAUCAUCCCCAUCCCCCAAGGCUGCCACUGCUCCCGCCCCCUCCAACGAAGAUGACUCCUCUAGCGCACCCGCCACUUCACCCUCGUCCGAGUCCCCUGAUGCCUCAUCCCCCGAAUCUGACGUCUCCUCCCCUCCUGCCCCGGCCAGUGAGGCGUCUGAGGGACCUACCACCACUGAUGAAGUUAGUGAUGGGCCCGCCAUUUCACCUGCUGAGGGGCCCGCUAAGGAACAGUCUGGUGCUGCCACUGUCAAGGUCUCCGCUGGCCUUGGUGCUGCCGCCGUUGCUGGAUUCUUCUUCUUCUAAGCUAAGCUAUAGCCUGACAUGCAUGCAUGGAAGCAUGUUAAUUUGUAAGGUCAUAAUUAUGAUGAUCGAUGAUGAUGCUAUAAAUUAGCUGAUAUAUGUGAGUUAGUAUUUUUUUUUUGAUUGA